GGUCGCGCCAGGAGGGCGACAAGUAAGCGCGAGGAGGCGAGUUCCCUUGAAAGAACUGCGCAAAACACACUUUCGCGAUGCCACGGCCGAAGUCGUCGUUGUCGUCAUCGUAUCCGUCGCUCGCCGUUGUCAACUUGUAUAUUGUUAGUGAUCAUCGGCACGUUGCCGCACUCGCGUACAACGGCCACGGACCAAUCGCCCGAUUCGGUUGGCGAUAGUCGACCGAACUUGUCGUUCGACGUGAAUCAGUUUUUAAAUUUAACCGUGGCUACGUGAAAAGAAUUUGAAGUCUCGAGGAUCAAUAGCGAGCGCGUCGUUUGUCAUCGCAGGACUUUCUAAAACCGAUGGGAAUCGGUGGUGAAACGCGCGAUGGUACAUCCACGCAUCAUCGGCGCAUUAAACUGCCGGUACGCGUUUAUGCCGCGUAAACGUGCUCGUGUAAUACGUUCGUCAGCUGGUGAUCGUGCCUUUCACUGUAUAAGUGUCGAGCGAGAGAGACGUCGCGACGGUGUUGGAUCGAAGUGAAAAGCAAACGCCAAGUCAAAGUUGGACAGAAAGAGAGAAAAGUUGUGUAGUCAAGUGUCGCGUUGUGUGUGGAGCAAGAGGAAGGAUCUCAGGAGGUGGGGGCCAGUGGUGUAGCGAGGGGACACCAAGUAGUUGACGAUCGUCGCGGUGAAGGAGAAGAGAGAGAAAGAGAAAGAAAUAGAGUGGGAAUAUCGUAGUGGUAGUGGUGGUGGUGGGGAAACGUCAGAGUGUGCGGUCGUGUCCAAGAAAGAGGUGGAGAAGCGAACAGCAACGGGAGAGAGGGCAGCGAACAAACUACCGGGAAGAAGUCAGCGGCAAGUAAAGCAGCGCCGCCGAGGCUAAACUUCAGGAUCUAUCGAACUAAAAUUGUCGUGUAGUUUCUGCCUCCUCUUCUCGCCCCUCCUAACGCAACCUACCUCUCCCUUGACCCCACCAGAGCCUAACACGGCGGCAACGGCAGCAUCUCGGCCGGUUGCGCCCCCUCUGACUCGAGCACCCAUCCCCUCCACAAAACGAAAGCCGAACGAAGAGGGAAGAAAGCGGCGUCGGUGGGGCGUCACGAGGGACGAGGAGCGUACGAUCGAGGGAGAAGAAGAGAUCGGAACGUGUUGAGAAAGAGAGAGACCGAGAAACAGAAAGAGGAAAAGGAGAGAAAGAGAGGGAAGAACGGGUAACGAAGUGAGAGGGGGUAGGCAGGGAGCGCGUUAGCUGGCCCCACGGGCGACUCACCAUAUUUUAUUGUCGCGUUUGCCGACGCUAACCGCUGGUGUACGGCUCCGUGCCCGAUCUACGAAGAUGCCGACCUGACUCGCAGAGAAGAGAAGUACACAGAACACUCGGCCUACUAGUAGAGUGCGGUACGAAUUCGCGUGGGUUCGAGGUGCCGGUAGUGGCAUCAUCAGCCACCAGCAGAGGUGGCACCAGCUCCCCCACCACACCGCGCGGCGUGCCGGCCUGGACCCUCCCACCCGUCUCACCGAGGGCAAACCAUCUCGCAAAAAUCGUCCCCCUUUCCAUGGAAGGAAAAGAACUACGGCGACGACUCUGCCACCACCACUGUCGAGCCGACCGUUUCUCGUCACUACCACCACCACCAUCGGCACACUACCAUCGUUAUCGCCAGCGCCACCGUCACUGUACCGCCGCCUCCUCCUACACCGCGAUCAACCGUCAUCUCGGGGAACGAGGAUACCAGAACUUACGGAUUUCGAUUGCGUUGUUCGCUCCUUCGACGAACGCACUACUUAUAAACCACCGCUGGAUUUACCAUCACCUAUUUACGUUUUCGGUGAUUACCGAUCAAAAUCAGAUGUCAGUGCCGAUUUAAAGAAGUGCGCGUGUGGAUCGAACUCAACGGAUUAUCGAGAUACUUAUCCUUGAUCGAAUCACUAUCAUUUGUAGCGCGCGCAAAAGAAGUUUCCGCCAAGUUCGAAAAGGAGGGAGGGAAGAGUCGUCGCAUGGACACGCGCCCUCCUUGUACCCCCUCUAAAUAGUGAAAACAUAUACAUGCACACGCGUGUAGACGCACACGCACGCGGAUCACGCAGAGGAGAAGACAGAAGUGCCGGGGCAUUAUACACGUGUGAGCCGCGCCAGUUUGUAGUUACUUGUUUAGAGUGCGCGCAUGGAUUUCGUGGUACUGUACAAUCUGUGAGUUAAGAAAAUUCGUAUCGACGAAUUUUCGAUUGACAAAAAAAAGAAAAAGAAAAAAAAAAAAGAAAAUACGAGCUGUUCCGUGACGUCAUUACACGGGGUGCGAAACAAUCCACCGUGUGGACGUAUUCUACGAGCAAGAGAAGAAAAAAAGGAGAGCGGUGUGCGCGAACAAGUCGAACCUCACCUUUCCUUUUUCACGAACGUCUCUCCGUCACCAUCGCUCGAGUUCUCGACCUACCACUCUCUCCCUCUCUAUCUCUCGUUUCGCCUCUUGUCCGUCCCUCUAGCGCUUCCUCUCGCUCGCUCCUCCCUCUAUUCCGUCUCGCUUUCUCAUUUCCUCUCUUUCUAUAUCACGUUUUCUUCUUCGCACUCACACUUAUGUACCUCCGCCUUCCUAACCGCUGAGCGGAGGACUGGAUUCCGUCGAAAAGAAACGACGAUUCGGAGGAUAGUCGCGACCGAUCAUAGCUGGCGCGUCGAUCGGAUCAACGACGUGAGUUAGCUACACGAGCGAAUCAUCCACCGGCGCGUAUAAUACCCGCAUUCAAGUACCGUGUUGAUACUGUUGCAAUUAGUUCAUGGUUUAUCGUUUUCUGCUCGUGAAACACCGUCUCUAUUACCUGGACAAAACGAUCCUUAUUUUUCGAUCUCGAUCGUACACGAUGGCUAGUGUGAACUGUUCUCGUUGACUUACGGUUGUCAUCGGUCUGUGUUAGUCGUGAACGAGUCCCGAAACCAACAGUGUCAUCUACACGACUGCGUUGCGGUCGAAGCUCGGAAAACUGGUCCCUGCCUCUCUGGUGCCUGCGUCUGUGACAGUGCGAGUGUAUACGACUGAAGACCGCAUUCAGGGUUGAGUACAGUUUGGUACUAGACAGUGCAAUAAAACACGCGCGAGUUACGUAUCUAUAGUGAAAAAUUUCUCUCCGCUUUUUACGCUGUUUUGUCAUUUGUGACUAUAGCUGUACAACUCUAUUUCUUUCUCGUCGCGUGCCACGUGGUGAAAAGAAAGAAAUUAAGAAGGGAUACACGGAGGAAAAAAAAAAGCAGAAGUGAUAUUUGUUUCGAGUGACUUGGUGAGACUGCAACAGAUGCCACAGUCUGAAAGGAUGAUCGCGUAGCGGCGCCCGACCAUCACGGCCCUGAGUGGCCGACACAUCAUGUCACAGUUCUCUUUUCGAGGAUCACCAAAUCUACAGGUUUCCCGGAACGAUCGAACGAAACAGCAAGGGGCGAACUAAACAGGGACUAACGAGAACAGGGUGGGAACAUAAUGUCCUGUGACAGUGAGCUCGUCGCUGACGUCCUCUGCGGCCUCGCCGGUCUCCGGUACGAUCCUGAGCGCAGGCGGUUCGUCGCUGGUCAGCGUAGCGGGCACCACCACGAAUCAUCCCCUGGGCGUAGCUGCCGGUCUAUCGAACGCGAGGAUGGCGGUGACCAGCGCGGUGGUUAGGCCGCCAGGUAGCCCAACCACGUCGGUCAGCCCGUCGCAGGGUCAUCCGCCACCGACGACCGGCGGCCCAACGCCGACCGGACGGUGUUGCGACACCGGAAGACCCAUUUUCACGGAUCCGCUCACGGGUCAAACCGUCUGCUCCUGUCAGUAUGAGAUUCUCGGCGGUUAUCAACGCCUGGGUGCGCUACCUGCUGCGCUCUCCAUGUACAGCGCGCCGUACGCGGCAGCGGCGGCCGCCGCCGCCUCCGAGGGCAUGGCAGCUUAUUUUCCGCCCCUGGGGGCCGAACAGGCACCUUUCUACACGCCUACGGCUACUAGCCUCGAUCUGAAGGAAAAUCUUGGAGCAGGAGCCGCGGCAGCGUGGCCUUAUCCAUCCGUGUACCAUCCUUACGAUGCCGCCUUCGCCACCUACCCCUACAACGGUUAUGGGAUGGAUCUAAAUGGCGCCAGACGAAAAAACGCGACGCGGGAAACGACGAGUACCUUAAAGGCUUGGUUGAACGAUCACAAGAAGAAUCCGUAUCCAACAAAGGGCGAGAAGAUCAUGCUGGCGAUUAUCACGAAGAUGACUCUGACUCAGGUGUCUACGUGGUUCGCGAAUGCGCGGAGACGUUUGAAGAAAGAGAACAAGAUGACAUGGGAGCCGAGGAAUAGGGUCGAAGACGAGGACAACAACAACGAAGACGACGACAGUGGAAGAAAGAGCGUGGACGAGAAAGACCGGCUAGACUCAAAGGAUUCGGGUACCGGAUCAAGCGAGGACGGAGAACGACCGGCCCAUCGGAUGGACUCUCUUGGCACUAGCGGUGGGUCCACCGGUGUCCAAGGUAGAACCGAGAGCGAAUGGAGCGAGUCGCGAGCAGAUAGCGGUCCAGAUAGCCCGGAGUGCCUAUACGAUCAGAGAGAGCCUAGGCAUCCAUUACAGCUUCAGCAUCCCGCGUAUCUUGCGUCGUCUCAUGGUCGACUGCUGCGCCAUCCUUCCCCGGAAAGCACGCCGCCCAGUAGUCAUCUUCCACCGACCACGACCGCGUCGUCUACGGGCAGUGGGGUCACCACGAAACCGAGGAUCUGGUCUUUGGCCGACAUGGCGAGCAAGGACGGUGAACAGCAGAGUCCUACACCGACCGCGAUGACUGGUCUCUCGUCUCCUUAUAGCGGAAGCGGCGGAGGUGGUGGCGGAGUCGCGGGUGGAGGUGGCGGUGGCGGAAAGCUGGUGAGCCCUUUGGCGAGUCGUUUGCCACCUCAUCAUCCUCUUCAUCCAGCUAUGCACUCGGGAACGCAAUUCGUUCGGCACCCGGAUUUCUACCGAAACCUCUACGGUGCUUCUCACCUUGGAUCCGGAGAUAUGGCCUUGUUGGAAACUUAUUCGAGAACCUUGGGCGGUCUGAGUGGGGUGAUGCCUCCUUCCACGGCUCCCAGUAUACUGACGACCUCCGCGUCGGCUGUGUCAGCGAGUGGUAAUGUUAAAUCUUUUUCGAUCAACGGGGCUAGCGGUGUCCCCGGUGGAGGCGGCGUGCUUCUGACCACGGCGACUUCGGGCUUGUCUCCCUCGUCGUCGUCAACGACGUCCUCCGGUGGGUCCGAUCUGUCGCCCCAUCCGAGCGGAAGCCUGCCGUCUACGCAGGAGCUCAAGUCACCGGGGCGAGUGUGAUUCCCCUGCACGGGGGGGACGAUGGACUAAUUACUAUUAAUCGAAGUUUCGAGGGACGGUUCGCCGCGCAGCCGUUCGCGCGUUGUGUGGUGUGUAUGACAAUAAUAAUCAGAGACUACAUUCUUGUAAUUAGUGUACAGUAACUGAACGAAGAACGACGGAACGAGAUACAUGAUAUGUACUGCCCCUCAAGUCCCUGAUCUCUCUCCACCGUUCCUAGUCUCUGUCUCUCUCACAUCGUCUUCUCCGCCUUUUGGAUUCCUUUCGCUUCCCUCGGUCCUUUGGUAUAUCCUGCUCCUCCUCUCUCCUUGAUUCCUAUUUUCUCUCGUCCUUCGUCGCGAAAUUUUUCUUCUGUCCGCAGCAAGAACGGGACAGCAGAGAAAGAAAGGUUGGAAAUCGAUCGAUGAAAGAUGAAAAAAAAGAUGGAAAGAUGGAAUGGUAGGCUCGUUUAUCUCUUCCGUAGAGCAGCAGCGCAGCUAAUCGCGGUUUAAAAGGAAAAUAAGACAAAAAAAUACGAAGAAAAAAGAUACACUAUCCUAGGCGUGUCUACUAUGCAGUAAUAUUAUACAUAAAGAAUACUAUAUAUAUAAAUACACGAUAAUAAUUAAUAAUUAUUUAUGCGUUUGUAAAUAGUAGAGAGGGCCCAGUAGAGAGCGUCCGGCCAGUGUAUGUAUUGUAUGUAGAGUAGGUACGAUAUUAUUAUUAUAAUAUUGGAGAUCAUAAUUCAUACUAACGACGAAGACGAUUAUUAUUAUUAUUAUUAUUAUGAUUAUUAUUAUUAUUAUUAUGGAUUAUUAUUAUUGUUAUCGCGAUGUUUAUUAUAACAUUAUCGAUUCACGUCAACUCGGUCGAUCAUGACGGGGUAUGGAUCGUUGAUUACUGUGACAGAUUACGGAGGAGCACAACCCGUGCGAGGAAAUACCACGUUGAAAGCGUGCGUCUUGCGCCUGAGUUUCUCCGUACGUAAGUAUUAUUUAUUUAUUGCUCGAGAGCGCUUUAGCGCGACCACGAAUCCUGGAGAAACCGUCGCAGAUCGUGAUAAUAAUAAUCGACGACGCAUCGUUCGCCACGCGUUUUUCUUUCUUUCUUUCUUUCUCUUUUCCCUUUAUUUUUUCUUCUAUUCGUUUCCUAUCUCCGACUUUUUUUUUGUUUCGGUCGAUUUCGCAAGCGACGCUCUAUCGUCGAACACGCCCGACUCCGCCCGUAAUCUGACAGAACCUGGAACUUGUGUCGCGCUCCGAUCUGUCCGCGACACAGGGUGGUGUGUGUGUGUGUCCAGCAUUUCCAGAAAGGUAAAGGGAAAAAUACGAAUGUACUCGGAGAUACUACGUCGGAGGUUCGUGGUGUUCUCGUUAAACGAGACGCGACAGCCGCAGGGCGCAGCGACUGUCAACAUAUCAUGUCAUGUCGAGAGUGAACGAUCGCCAUCACCUUUUAGUCAUUCGUGUCCAAAAUUUCACGCGAGCUCGUUGAUGCCACAUUGGCAGAUGGCUUGCAGACUGUGUCCUUUCGCAAUAAACGAAUCAUUAUAA